ACCACCGCUCCCACUGUGGGCUAAGGUAGGCUAGUUCAAAACUCCCCCCGUUAACCGCUACCUGUUCCCGUUAUCACCGGUCCGUUAAUGCCGUCCUUCAUCCCAGCGGAGCGUUUUAUCCACCAGCACACAUAGAUUUUACAAAACUGAAUUUAUUCGGUGAUAUCGGCCCACAAUCCCGUUGCUUUCAGACUCAAACUGGCCCCCAGUCUUAGCUAAGCUAACAGCCUCACGGCCAAAAUGGCGGACAACGAGGAUGACAGCGGUUCGAUCAGAACAAUAACAGCCGCGGAGCCGCCGGGGGCCGCGGCUCAGCCCCCCGCCGCUAACUUCGCCCAGCCCGCGGACAGUUUACCGCCGGUGUCCGCCGCUCAGAUCACUCAGCCCGCGGAAAAUGUAUCGGCAGUGGCCGCCGACCUGAGCGGUGAGUCAGGGGAGAGUUCACAGACCGCGGUCGAUGCUGAGAACGGUCAGUCCGUGGACACUUUACCGUCAGGGUCCGGAGCUCAGCUGGCGGACUUCUUACAGAGCUGCCCGGAGGAACAGAGCAUCUUGGUGGGCACAGAAUUCACCGACCUGGGCUCGGAUCUCGUCAACACCACUAUUAUCUACGUGCAGCCGGACGGCAGCCUGGUCGACGGGUCCGGGUUAACGGCCGAGGAACAGCAGGCUCUGCUGGACCAGCUCAGCAAGCAGCAGAUCGUCCAGGUCUCUGACACCGAGGCUGCCCAGCUGCUCCAGCAAAGCCAUCUGGUCAAAACCAUCCCGGUCCACAAUGCGGCUCUGGACCCGAGCCAGCUGCAGCAGGUCAUCAACCAGGUCACCAAGUCCCAGCAGGUUCACGUCCAGGUCCCCCAGCAGCACGUCCACGUCCAGGUCCCGCAACAGACCCCGAAGCAGCAGGUCCACAUUCAGCAAGUCCAGGUUCCCCCGCAGGGCCUGAAGCAGCAGAAGCAGGUUCAGGUUCCUCAUCAAAAUCCAAAGACUACUACCCACAAUAACGCUUCCCAGCAGCUGAAGAGUGUUGCCCAGCAUGUGGCCAUGCAGACUGGCAGCUCGGUCCAGGUGGUCCAGAAGAAGUCGGAGCCAAUCAGGAUCCAGAUCCAGGUUCCUCCCAAACAGGAAGUGAAGCCCGGCGCUACUCUACAGCAGAAGAGUGUAGCUAUCAGUCAUCCGCAGGUGAAGCUGUCGGCCAAUGGUAGCAUGAGCAGUGGUCAGAUCAUCCACAUCCAGCCUGUGGUUGGUCAGCCGGGUCAGCAGUUCUUCCUGCAGCAGGGUUUGGGGGACCCACCCAUCCAGCUUCUGCUGCAGAGCCCCACCCCCGUGGUCGGAUCUCUUAUCCCAUUGGUCCACAAGCUGACGGGCCAGACGACAUCAUCGGGCACCGCCUCCACUCCAAGUCAGAAACCUGUGGCAUCCCCGGUCAUAGUUCAGACCCCCUCUGCUGUAAAGACCACAGCCGCCUCCAUCGUCAAGACCCCGCCCAGUUCCUCUGUUAAAACUGUGAGCGCCCCCCUAAUUAAAAAUGCCACCAAUGGCACAAUGAUAACCACCAGUAAGAGGCUUGUUAAACCACCUGCGGUCAUCACAGCGGUCCCAGUACAGACCACCAGACCUGCCCAUCCUGCCACUGUGACCACGCCUUCUGCUCUGCCCCCGGUAACCGCAGCAGCGAAGGACAGAGAAAGAGAAAAAGAUGAGAAGAAGAAGAUGAAGAAGAGGGAGAAGAGGGUGGUGAAAGUCCAGACCAGAUCUGGUCGGGUCUCCAGACCACCAAAGUACAAAGCCAAAGACUACAAGUUCAUAAAGACUGAGGACCUGGCUGACAGUCAUCAGUCCGACUCUGACGACUACUCCGACAUGAGCGUGGAGGAGGAGGAGGGGGAGGGCGCGAGGAAGGAUGGCUCCACCCCCGGCGCCUCCACCUCCCUCACCUACAGCCAUAAGUCCCGGUCCCACUCCUGCCAGACCUGCGACAAGGCCUACAUCGGUCCUGGAGGCCUAAACCGGCACUAUAAACUAAACCCUACCCACGGAGAUCCUGAUCCACCCGGCAACCAGCUCUGCAACACACCGUGCACACUCAGAGACGUCAGUCAGCCACAGGAGACAGCCGUGAGAGACGAGGAGAAGACGAAGGAGGACAAAUCUGCUGUCACGGUAACAAACAGAGUGGAGGGGCGUCCAGCAGUAGCUGUAGGACUCAGGGGCCUCCAUCACCGGGGUCCAGGUCGGCCCCGAGGACGAGGGAGGGGCCGGGGCCGGGGCCGGGGUCGGGGGCGAUCUCUGGCACCGCCUCCUAAGGUGACGGCGGGCCUCAUCAGUAGGCGAGGUCGACGCGGUCGACCUCCAAAGCUCAGUGUUUCCCCGGUAACACCCGAGCAGCAGGCAGAGAGGAGGAGAGACCGACUGCAGGAGCUGGUGGAGCAGUGUGAAGAUGAGGAGCUGAUGGAUAUUGUUCUUCCUCGUUUGACCAAAGUGUUGAGUCUCUGGGAGCUGCUGCUCGCAAAGGUGGAGUGUGGCGGUUUAGCGCGGACUCGUUUUCCAGACAUUUACCGUGAGUAUGAGUCCCUGCAAGUUCAGGUGAAACAGGCCGCUCAGGAUUACAUCAUCAGCCCGCAGGGUGGAGCCACCCCGCUCGAGGUCAGGAACAUCGAGGUUGCCAGGUCUCUGGGGAUUCUGGAUGAGGUGAACAGGAUGAAGGUGGUUCCUGGAGCGUCUCUUGGCUCCAGUCAGACCAAUAAGACCGUGCGAUACAUGGAGAAUUCCAAGAUGCUGCCGCCGUCAAAGAGAUUCAAGAUGGAGAACAGUGUUCCAAUUCACCAAAACGGCAUCGAGAUGCACACGGCAGCUGGGACAGCAGUGACCCCAACAACCUCUGUGACGUCCUCUCUGAAGUCCUGCUUGGUCUCUGUGUCUCCUGUGGUAAUUCCAGAUGGAUCCAAACCACUGACCACCACCGCUGACUCCAGCACUUCUGGUUCCACCUCUGCUGAGACGCUUUCCACCAAGGCUCCACCCCCUGCCACAUGUAUGGAGGUGACCCCAGUUGAUGACGAGGGAGAGGGGCCUCCGCAGACCGACGUCCAGGUGGAGCGUCUGCCGGCACGCCAGGACCAGGUCCUGAGCGCCACUGACAUUGCAGCCCAGAUGAAGGAGCUGGAGAAAGCUCUGGGUUCGAAUCCCGAGACUACUGCAGACACCAAGACGCUUGAGUCUGGCUCUGUCCAGACACCUGGCUCUGCUGUGAUCCAGACACUUGAGUCCAGCACAGUCCAGACUGUGGCCUCCUCGCAGCUCCAGCAGAGGGACUCGUCCCAGCCUGAGUCCAGUAUCACAGAUGCCCGUGAGACCAAAGAGCUGCAAGAGGGACAGGAAAUCUACAUCCAGACUGAGGGGCUGACAGUCCAGCUGGCAGAGCCCGGAUCGGACCGAAUUGUCAUUGUCAAUGGGCCGGACGGGACCACUAUGCACAUCCAGACUCCAGAGGGGGUCCCCCUGGAGGCGGUUCAGGCCCUGCUGGGCAUCGAGGCAUCAGAUGGAGCUAAACCUCCUCACUAAGCCCUGAACAGAAUCCAGACAGGACCAGAAAAAGAACUGAAGUGCAUCAGACUCACAGGGAGAAUCUGUAUUUUUAAGGUGGUAUGAACUCCCAGAUGCUGUAGAGCGUUGGUACCAGCAGAGUUGAGUCUCACUGGUGAACUUCAGCAAAGAUUUGACCAACAUCUGUCCCCAAGAAACACCUGGACCUACAACAGCUGUGAAAGACAAGUCGACCAACACCUGUCACACCUGUCAGUCUGUCCAAUCUAACUCAGUAACUCAUGUUCAGUUUAACAGUGUUUCUUGCAGUGCCCCCUCUGGACAAAGUGCACAUUACAACCAUGAGUGUAGGGGGGGCUAACAGAUUUUCAGACUGCUGGCUUCUGUCAGCUCUCGUUGUUGAUGUUUAAUAUUUAGCAUCCAGCUCGUUCUUCAGUCUAAACUUCAUGUUUACGAACAGGUUGAAGAUUUUCCCAUGAGCACCAAGUUCUUCUCACAAAAGUCGAGGCUGCCACCUGCAGGCGACAUUCAGGCUCCUCAUGAGCUAAUUCUCUGAUUCUCUCAGUACGAGUUGAGUUUUUCUUGGUUUCAUGUUGUGGUGCUCGUGUACGUCGGAACCUGUCAGAGAAAGGAUCAAUCACACGCCGCUCCUGAUCUCUGCAGAUUAAACCUGAUUAGUUAAUCCUGAGCUCAGGAUGAGCAGCACCAGUUAUUGAGAAGACGAGUUUGUGAUUGAGAUGAUAUAAAGUGCGUAGUGUCCCCUCUGGGCUACCGUACUCAGCUGUGAUGAUCAGAGUUUUUGGUCUCAGUUCAGUUUGAUGCGUGAUUGAUUCAUUCAGCUCUCACCUUCGAUGAUGUCACUGGCGUGUCGGCAGAGGGUACCUGAUCUUCCUGUGGGUUUUUAAGGAAUCUGGAGUGAAUGUAAAUUUGUAAACUUUUUUUCAGUGUUUCCAUAUUUGGACUUGUUUGUUUAAAGGUAGAUCAGAUUAGUCGGCUGUUUAUAUGUAGAUAAAAUGAAAAACAAAGUUUAAAAAAGUUGCACUAUUUUAUUACUUUUUAUAAAACUUCACAGCGAAACAUUUUCCAAAUGUCACUGAAGGUUUGUCGCCGUCGGAGAAUCGAUGUGAGGACGGACUGGAAACCGUUUGGAGGAAGCUGACUUGUCGUGAUAAUCGUCCGAGUGCUGAACGCAGUCAACACACUUUAUGUUCCUCCAAUAAACUGACGUGAUGAACUCAGAACCGUGUUUGAUGAUUUUACAAGAUGGAAGUUUGAUGAUCAUCAUCAGAUAACAUGUUAAAUUCAUUCCAGCUGUUCACAGCUGUUUGAUUCUUCUGUGUUCCACUGCAACAGUUUGUUUAAUGUUUAACUACAUUUAUUUUACCCGUCGUGACUUUUGUGUUAGUUCAGGAUGGAUGUUUGUGAUUCCUCUGAACUUGUGGGUCACUGAGCAGCAGCUGCUGUGAUGAACAAAGCCUCAGUGACUCAGCUGCUCUCUGUAGCUUUCUGACACUCUGUCCUUCAGAAAGUAAAACGGCUCCAUUUUUCUGCC